GGCAAGCUAUAAAAGCGAUAAAUACAUCGAGUGCCUCCCCAUAUCGUGAAUGGACCAGUAGGAGAUAAUCAUUGAAAACGGCACAACAGACCCGACAUCUGAACUGCGCAACACCAAGACACAAGGUUUUACAAUUUACAGGACUUUGCCACAAAAGAUUUCAUCAGACUUUGACUCUUUAAAAUCUACUCAGGAACGUGUUCUUAUUCAUUUUUAAUUGUGAAAAUUCAUUUUAUUGUUUUGUACAUGCUUCUGAACCCAAAGGGAGCAUAGAAGUGAAACGCACGGAGUUACAAUAAAUAGUAAAACGGACCAGGAAUCAUUCCAGUACAAUGUUUCCUUGAAGAAGCUAGAUUUUCCAAGUGUUUUAGCGCUAAGUUUCAAUCAUUAUUAAUAUAGAAAACCUUAUUUUCACCGCAAAAGACUGGACUGACGCCACCACAGAUUCAGAUUCGUCUCCAAAUUCUCACCCGUAUCUCAAAAUCAAACAGCCAACGACGUUUUCAACGUCUCUAUGACAACAGAACAGCGUCAUUCUCACAGCAUGCAGCAAUCAGAUUCCAACUACGAGCAGAAAAUGUCCUCAGAGGAGUCCUCUGAUCUUGACCCAGUGUCCGCCCUCCUCGGUGAGCACCCCACCAUCUGGGUAUUUGGCUACGGCUCGUUACUAUGGAAACCAGAUUUCCAGUACAGAUCCAAGCACAUUGGUUACAUCGAAGGUUACACCAGGAGGUUUCACCAAGGGAACGAAACCUUCCGAGGCAGACCUGGAAAACCUGGUCGAGUUGCUAAUCUAGAGGAGCAAGAAGGGAGCCAGACAUGGGGCGUGGCCUAUGAGAUCAGCGGUCGUGAGGAAGUAGCCAGCGUGCUCCAGGCUCUGUACACACGCGAGACGGCCUGUGGCGGCUACACCACUCUCAUCACCACGUUCUUCCCGCGGGAGUACAGCACACACCGGAGACCGGCCUCCCUCCCCCCAGACCACACCCAGACUCACACCGCACAACCACACAACAUACCUCAAAACAUGCCUCAAACUGUCCCGUGUUACACCCCGGGUCUUCAGCCACACUAUGUCACUGAAUCGUCAACGUCCUUGACCUCUGUUGAAGAUGUAGACAUCGGUGCCACGAGCUCCGACAUAGACUCUAGUCUGUCAGCCGAAGACGUGAGAAGACUCUUCGGUGACCAUUCUCCUCCUGCCCAACUCAGAAGAACUGAUUCGGAUAUUUCGGACUUUAGCAACAGUGAUGUAUCGUCUAUCGGUGACGAAGAGCAAGAUGUGUCUGUCUAUAUAGGAGAGGAUACUUCAGAAGAGGAGAAAAGUGUGAACCCACAAAGGUUUUUUGAUACCGAAGUGACCUCGACUUUUAACAGUCUCUAUGAGAAUAUGGAUGAAACGGACCAUGACGAACUUGUGUUUUAUAUAGACCGAAAUAAACCAAGUAAGGAAUCGGUACCCAUGACUCUAGAACCUGUAAGUCUAUCGGGGGACACGAAGGAGGGUCAAAAGCCUAAGGCAGUUCAUGCUCAGCGAAGGUACACAAAAUCAAAAUCUUUGACGGAGAGUAAAAAGGCUGCCCAAUCCAGGUUAUCUCCUAUUCAAGCUUUGGUGUAUACGGCUACCCCUGACAACGAUUUGUAUCUCGGUCCUGGUGACAUCACAAGUAUGGCGCAGCAAAUCUCUACAGCUUCCGGUUCUACCGGCACCAAUGUUGAGUACGUCACGAAAAUCGCUGACUACGUGCGUCAAUAUAUUCCUGAAGAUAAUGACACACACCUUUUUGCUCUUGACGCAAAGAUUAGGGAGGAGGUUUACAAACAGCAUGCCAAACGGCGACUUAGCCAGCAGACAGAUCUACACCAUUUCCUUCCAGAACUGAAUGACAUCGAACAUGAAAGUCUUACAGAGACCGUCACGGCGUCGUAAAUGGGCAAAAGGAUAUGGUGUAUAUCGUCGACAAGGUAUUAAAUGUACUCAGCUUAGUAAACAUUUUUCCGAAGAAAGAAAAAAAACGGUUUCAUUCUUUUAACAAUGUGUACCGAAA